UGACUACUGUGUACAGGAUUGCCUAUCAGGUUAUAUCAACACAAUUAAAAAAACAUUCCUACACAAUUUUACCAGCUGGUGUACGUCACCAGGUUCUACAACUUAGAACCCAAUAUUAUAAUUUAUAAUAAUAAGAAUUUACUUAUAAAGACGUUUGGGAGGUUAUGUACGAAGUUCUGGAUGUUAGUUAUUUUAAAUUGGCUGAAAGAAGGGAGGAAAUGAGUAGAUUAUCUUGUAAUAUUUCUCAACAUGGAUGUUCAUUUAGUUUUAUCCUUGUUAAUUCUUUUUUCCAACAAAAAUUGGUCGCAAGGUCAAGACACAUGUACUGUCGUGAAUAACAUCAAUGGCUGCAGCACACCACUUCGUCUACCAUUUCCCUAUAAGUCUCUAUUUACACCCGCAUGUAACCGACACGAUGUUUGUUAUCGAUGCGGUGUAAGUCAUGGCUGGAAACAAGAAGAAUGCGAUAAAGGUUUCAAGCAACGUAUGUAUACGCUGUGUCAAAAUAUGACCUUAAGUUCUUCAAAAAACAAAAGAAGCACAGAGGAGUCUUCAUGGGGAAAAGACUUCUUUGUUAAAAUGUAUAAUGGUUGGAAAAAAGCCACAGAGAAUAGCACAAACACGGAACAAGCCAAACGUUUAUGGAAUGAAGCUUUAGGUAUUUUUAAGCUCGUUAUUAAAUGGAGAGCAAUCACUGAUCCGGUGAACAAAUGCAAACACGGAGCUGAUAUAUAUUAUAACGCGGUUAAAACUUUUGGUGUUUUUGCCUACCGCACAACGAGAAAAGAGAAUUGUAAAGAAACCUGUGCAAAAAACAUGGGAAACCCUUACACGAAAUAAAACAAGUUUAAUUCUCCACCAACGACGUUCUUUAGUCCGGAAAAAAACAAAUUAGAGAGCAACCUCGUUCUCAGGGUUUUUUUACGCGUAUGAUAUUCUGCGCCUAUGAUAUCAUCAGAGCGUCAAAAUAUCGUAGACGUUAAAGAGUUCUGGGGACGAAGUUGAGUAGAGAAAAUAAUCACUUAGAAUAUUUGCUGAUUUUUAGUGACAUUGUAACAUUUUCUAACAAAUUGUGGACGUACAUGAGUUUCAUCAAUAACAAGUGUGGAUUUUGGAAAUAACGUAACAAAAUUAUGUUACAUAAUUUAUUUUAACCUUUUACAUGUAUUUAAAUAUAAUAAAAUUUAAAAAAGUAGAAUACACGUUUCCCGAAUUACAUGUUUUUUAAAAUUUUAGAAUUUUAAUGUUUUGACUUUAGGAUUAUAUUCAACAUCAUUGAAUUAGUGUGUGUAUAAAUUUUUAAUUUAAUCUGAAAUGAAAAAAAUGCUGUUUUGGUGGUAUUAAUGUUACGGUCCAAAAAAUCUUUUUAAUUUUCUACUUGUAAUACUAUCAGCCUCGAUUUUAAGCAGAGUUCAAUUAGAACAAAGUUAAAAAACCAUGUUGUAACAGGUUGUUUGUUUGCUAUAUGAUUCUGAAGAUUCACAUUCAUUAAAAGUUCUGUCAAUCAAACGCCUCGACUUUGAGAAAAUGGGAUAUUGUUAAUUUCACGAAGCAUA